GCACAGCCACAGCCUCCUCGCCUCCCCAAACUCCCAACCAAGGCGCGCGGUGGCGUCCUCGCGCCCUCGCUCGCGCCCCCGCCCGCCGCCCGCGCAAGCCAGGCAUGAACGCUGAGACUUGCGUCUCUUACUGCGAGUCGCCGGCCGCUGCCAUGGACGCCUACUACAGCCCGGUGUCGCAGAGUCGGGAGGGCUCGUCGCCUUUUAGGGCAUUUCCCGGAGGCGACAAGUUCGGCACAACUUUCCUGUCGGCCGCCGCCAAAGCACAGGGAUUCGGGGACGCCAAGAGCCGGGCCCGUUACGGCGCUGGGCAGCAGGACCUGGCGACACCCCUGGAGAGUGGAGCCGGGGCGCGGGGCUCCUUUAAUAAGUUCCAGCCCCAGCCGUCGACCCCGCAGCCCCAGCCGCCGCCGCAGCCCCAGCAGCAGCAGCCGCAGCCCCAGCCGCCCGCGCAACCGCAUCUUUACUUGCAGCGAGGCGCCUGCAAGACGCCCCCGGACGGCAGCCUCAAACUCCAGGAAGGCAGCAGCGGCCACAACGCGGCCUUGCAGGUUCCCUGCUACGCUAAAGAGAGUUCCCUGGGUGAGCCAGAGUUACCCCCUGACUCUGACACUGUGGGGAUGGACAGCAGCUACCUGAGUGUCAAGGAGGCUGGGGUGAAGGGGCCCCAGGACCGGGCCAGCUCAGACCUCCCCAGCCCGUUGGAGAAGGCCGACUCCGAGAGCAACAAGGGCAAGAAGCGGCGGAACCGGACCACCUUCACCAGCUACCAGCUGGAGGAGCUGGAGAAGGUCUUCCAGAAGACCCACUACCCAGACGUGUAUGCGCGGGAACAGCUGGCCAUGAGGACAGACCUCACCGAGGCCCGCGUGCAGGUCUGGUUCCAGAACCGAAGGGCCAAGUGGAGGAAGCGGGAGCGUUUUGGGCAGAUGCAGCAGGUUCGAACCCACUUCUCCACUGCGUAUGAGCUGCCCCUCCUCACCCGAGCUGAGAACUACGCCCAGAUUCAGAACCCGUCCUGGCUCGGCAACAACGGGGCUGCCUCACCAGUGCCAGCCUGCGUGGUCCCCUGCGACCCGGUGCCUGCCUGCAUGUCCCCUCAUGCCCAUCCCCCUGGCUCUGGGGCCAGCAGUGUCACCGACUUCCUGAGUGUGUCUGGGGCUGGCAGUCACGUGGGCCAGACGCACAUGGGCAGCCUGUUUGGAGCAGCCAGCCUCAGCCCAGGCCUCAAUGGCUACGAGCUCAACGGCGAGCCGGACCGCAAGACCUCGAGCAUCGCGGCCCUCCGCAUGAAGGCCAAGGAGCACAGUGCGGCCAUCUCCUGGGCCACAUGACAGGGCACCCCCGCCCCGUCCCCACCUCGGGACACCAUGGGCCACGCCCAUGUUUUCCAGGCCCCCAGCCUCCCACUCGACUUUCCUCUUAGGAACCUAGCCUGGGCCAGGGGCCUGACCCUCAGCACUUUCAGCCGCCCCAAGUCUGAGGCCCCGUGGACUGCUGGGAGGGAGGGGGCAGCAGGCCCCUGGCCCCUCCCUGGCACUGAGGCCCUGACCCCUGCUCCCGGCCACAGGCAGUGGAGAAAGCCAGGUAGCCACGUUUUUCAGCUUCGCAUCCAUGAUGAGCUGAAAGCGCUUUCUCUCUCCCGCCCGCUCCUCUGCCCUGCCUAGUUGACCAUGAGUCAAUGCUAGAUUUCCAUGCAGACCCAGCAGCCUCACCAGCCCAGUCUUGUCCAUCCUUCCCGCUCCUAGUGGGGUCCCCUGGUCACCAGGCCGGUGGCUGUGUGUCUGAAGCACAGGCUGCCCUGCAGAGCCAGCCUCCUGUCCUCCCAUCUUUCUCUCCCUGAAAGCACAUGGAAUCCGACCUGCUGGGGCCAGGGCACCGGCCUCCACCUUCCCCUGAACAGCGACAAGUCUGACAGAGCCUGGCUGACUGCAUCCUGGCUGUCCCCUGGGCUGGAUACACCUGGAGGGAGUGGGCAGAGAACGACAGGAGCUGGAGCCGAGGACCCCUGCUGCCAUCUAGCAAUGCCAGUCCCCAGGGGAGACAUGGGCCAGCCCCUCACUGGACACUAUAGGGGAGGAGCCAGACCUGAGGGAGGCUGAGAACACGGAUGCCACAAGGGCUCCCAUGGUGCUAGAAGAAGGAAAGGUCCUGGGAGAGGGGGAGGCAUCCAGGUGGGGUAGGGGCCCGGGCAGUCCUCCCGCUCUCCCGCCUGCCUGGCAUCUGGUACAGGGGGGAGUUCUGGGCAGUUUUGUUCUCCAUCCAGAGCCCAGUCAGGUUGCCUCCAGGAGGAUGCGGAGGGGCUCGUCUCUUCCCUGCCCUACCCUGGCCCCUCCCUGGGGCUGCUCAGCAGUGUCCCGGCAUGGAAGGACUCACAACGCGGAACACAUAAGCUAGGGCUUGGGGGCCGGGCGGCAGAGGGUCAAGAGCUGCGUGCAGGCUUUGCUAGAGGACAUGUGGCCAUGCUCGGCCUCCAGGCCCUGCCAUGGCCUCAAACUGACUGUCCUCCCUGCCAUAUCUGUCACAGUGUCAUCGCUGCCCGGAGCCUUCCAUGGCAGAUGGGGGCUCUGUGUCCCUCCAGGCACUAGGAGGGUGUUGUUUUUCUCCACACAGCUUUCCACACUCCGUCCUUACACUUCUUCCAUAGGGGCCAGGACUCUCUGCCCUCUCUCCAGCCUGUGGAAGGGCUCCUGGCCUGGGCUCCUCAGCGUGGCUUUGCUAUUGCAAAUGGGGCUGUCAGGAUGCCUUCCUGAAACCAGGCUUCCUGCCUCCAGGAAGCAGGGCUCUGUGCCUGCCUGCCUGACCCCUGCAGCUUGGGUCUGGCCCUGAGCCCCAGCCCUCACCCAGCUGGGAGUACACAGUAACCGUCCAGAGGCAGGCCUGUCAGACCCCGGGGGGGGGGGGGUCCCUCCAGCAGGCAGCACCCCGCAUUCAGGCGCUCGCCUUUUCUACCUUCUCCCUUGAUUCCUGUCAUGGAGUAGGGCCAGGCCCAUAGGCUCAGGGUCGCGGACACAGAAAGGCCUCCUGGGUUGGGCUGAGGGUAAACUUGGUGUUGUUGAAUGAGGGUCUCUGGGGUUGGGGGUGACAGUCUCCCGCCUGCCUGGUGUUCUCAUCUGCUCUAGAAACCAGGCUGAGGAAGGGUCUGGCUGCAGCCUCCCUUAAUAAGAGUCAGACCUCUUUGUGAACCGUAGCUCUAAAAUUGAUCUUGUAGAGGUGAAAGGGUCUUGGACAUUGAAUUAAAUGUUCUUGGAGGCUUGGCUUUAAGUGUUUCAAAUAUUUGAGGAUUUGGAGUGACUUUUGGGAAGUUUUUUCUAGUUCUGAGGUUCUCUGAAGUGACCCAGACUCCCCCAAAAUCUAGCCAGGGAAAGGAAGAACUUAAGGCUGGGAACAGUUUCCCCAUUUCUCCCCCAUUUCCUUCUGAAAUGCUCAUGGUUGAGGAAGGAUGGGGGAGGAAGGAACUUUCACCUUGGGUCUUUCUCACCCAUGAGAGAAUCAGGACAAAGAGGAGGAGAGGCAGGUAGCUCCAGAGUGGGCCAGGAGGGACAGCAAGGGAAUCAGGACAAAGAGGAGGACAGACAGGUAGCUCCAGAGCAGGCAGGGAGGGAGAGUGAGAGCUUUAAGGGGGCUCUUCCGCAGGGGCCCCCGGCACUCAGUUCCUCCAUGCGUCUGCUCUCUGGCUGGGCUAGACCCAAGUCAGGCAAAUUUCAACCCAAAAGCUUGAGAAGAAAAGGCAUCUAUUAGAAGGCUCUAUGGCUAUGGCUGCCUGUCCCAACACACCCAGGAAGUGUCUAGGAUUAAACACGCCAAUGUGAAACAUUCCUGUUCAUCUCAUCAAAGGCAGCCAUGUACCCCCGGCCUGUCCUCCGUGGCUUGGCCCAGCCCUUGGGGGCUACCUAACCACACUAAGUAUGAUAGGGCCACUGAGUUGGGAGGAAGCUUAGAAACCCUCUAGUUAGUCGAGUCCCUUCACAACAGAGAAGACCCUGGCCCAGAGUGGAGACAUGACUGCCCUGACUUGUAUUUGCCAUGAGACUAAGCUGAGAGAGGAGCCUGGGAUGUGCCACCCAGGGUGUGAGGGUCCGGGCCUCAGUGGCACCGGGGGCAGCCGGUGCUGCAUGGAGCUCCCCUCUCCAAUGCCUCAUGGGCAUUCACUCAGCAGCUCAGUUCUCCAGAAGAGAACCUUGGGGCCCAGUCCCUUCCCAGACAGGUGGCUAGGCCCAGCCUUCUGCACUGCAGAGCAGGGGGCCACUGGUGUGUCAGCUCCUAAGAUGACUGAGCAAGUCAGGGCAGCUGCCCAAGGCCAUCUGGAGCUAAAGCUCAUGAAGGCAGGUGGAGAGAAGCAUCUACCUGCCACAUGGUUCAUUGCUAUGCGAAUAAGCUAAGAGAGGUAAGGAUUUCCUUUGGAUAUCUGCGUAAGAUCUCAACAGAGAUGGCAACUUAAAAAUGAAGUCGUGGGUAGCCGGCAGAUGGAUGGGCAGCCUCCCCACACUGACAGCCUCCAGUCCCUGCUGGGCACAGGUCUCAGCAGGCAAGGCUUGACACUAAGGUGCUGCUACUGCCCUCCAGAUGCCAGCACUACUCCUGGUGCAUGGGAGCGAGGGCUCUGGGGGGCACACAGAGAGGCUUGUCUCCAAGGCUGAAAUAGCACUUGGAGGACAUGGGCUUUUGGAACUUUCCUUGAAUUCUUUUAACUAUACUUGAUUCUCAGCACUCACUACCGUGCCUCCAGCUUUGGGAAGCAUGGUGGCCAGGUUAGCUCAAAGACACUGCAAUGGGAUGGGUGCAGCAAGUGUGGGGUGGGUCCCCAGCACACACAGCUGUGAUCACACUGGACCCAGCUCCGUGUCCCAUCUCCUGUCAUUUCGGCUGGGCAGACAAGAGGGACGCUUCCAUGAAAACUACGUACCCUGCUUAUGCAGUCAUUCCCUCCCUGGGCUAGACAGUGGGGGGCCAUCUUCGAGAACCUGAAAGACACACGGGGGUUCCUGGUCUGUUUCAUGGCCCUUACUGUCCGGUGCAAAGGCAAACAGGCCCAGCUGGGGGAGGAUGGUUGGUAAACUGGCCCCCAGGAGAACACUCUGUGACUAUCCAGUUAAAAAAUAAGAAGGUGACAAAGACCCAUCAACCCCACUUCACUUCUUUCAGGAUGCUGUAGGGAGGAAAGGUGCUUCCAUGACCUAACCUCGGCCUCUCCUUUCUUCCCUCUUCACUCACACACAUAGAGCUAGGCCUUUAUACUACUGAUUUUGAAGGACAGUUUCCAAUGUCUAAUCAUCUGUUUAGGUGUGCAGUGGUUGAACAAAGAAAGCUGAGUGCUAGAAGGAACAUGAACCUCAACCGAUACUUAUUGUUCUCAUUGUAAGAUAUUUUAACCCUGUAUAAAUGCAACUUUUCCUUUAGCUUAAUGGCCUGGGGUGGAAUAUUAAAAAUAUAUAUUAAAAAUACAGUAAAAAUCCAGAAAAAUGUAAAAAAAAAAAUGAGGUCGGUUCCAUAAAGUUUUACUGCCUAUACCACCAUGUAACUACAUUAUAGCAAAAUACUAAAAGAAACGUUCUUGCCUUUUAAAGUAAGUUAUUGCACUUACAUCUUUUUUGGGAGAGGAGGAACACGGAUGGGAAGGAGAUGUAGGGACCCAGGCAUGGGGCAAAAUGGAGUGCAGAGGCAGCCGGGCACUCCCAGAACACCCUUUGCUGGCCCAGCCCAAACUGUUUGGUUGUUGUUAUUUGCAAUAAAUUCCUUCUCCUUCCUCCUCUCAA